CGGUGCUCUCGGCGAGCGUAUGGUCCAGUCAUCGGCAUCAGCUCUACCCCGCACCGACCCCCUGAUCCCAUCCCGAUAGCAGCCGCACAGCUCGGAUCCGAUCAUCAAAGCAGAGCAGCCGGACUUCCACACAGGGGGAGACAUGCAACGUGGAGCGGGGGUCUAGGUGGACUAGGAUGCCUUAGACUUAGAGAGGAAUCCUGGCAUAAGAUGGAGGUAAACAGCGUUAGUAGUGAGGUCAAUGGACAUGAGAUCAUGGACGAGCCCAUGGAGGAGGGAGAGUCUUUCUCACACUGUGAUGAAGGGACAUAUAAAGAGAUUCCUAUCACCCACCAUGUGAAAGAGGGCUGUGAGAAAGCUGAUCCGUCACAGUUUGAACUGCUCAAAGUCCUCGGCCAGGGCUCUUUCGGCAAGGUAUUCCUUGUCAGGAAGAUUGUGGGCCCAGAUGCUGGUCAGUUAUAUGCAAUGAAAGUUCUAAAAAAGGCAUCUUUGAAAGUCAGGGACAGAGUUCGCACUAAGAUGGAAAGAGACAUUUUAGUGGAAGUCAAUCAUCCCUUCAUAGUGAAAUUGCACUACGCCUUCCAGACAGAAGGGAAACUGUAUUUAAUACUGGACUUUCUCAGGGGAGGGGAUGUAUUCACUCGCUUAUCCAAAGAGGUUAUGUUUACAGAGGAAGAUGUGAAAUUCUACCUUGCAGAGCUGGCCCUGGCCCUCGACCACCUGCACAGCCUGGGCAUAGUUUACAGAGAUCUCAAGCCAGAGAACAUCUUACUUGAUGAAGCUGGACAUAUAAAGUUAACAGACUUUGGCUUGAGUAAAGAGUCAGUAGAUGCUGAUAAGAAGGCUUAUUCCUUCUGUGGUACGGUGGAGUAUAUGGCCCCUGAGGUGGUCAACCGGAGAGGACACACGCAAAGUGCGGACUGGUGGUCUCUGGGAGUACUUAUGUUUGAAAUGCUAACGGGGACAUUGCCGUUCCAAGGGAAAGACCGCAAUGAGACCAUGAACAUGAUUCUCAAAGCUAAGUUGGGAAUGCCUCAGUUCCUAAGUUUGGAAGCCCAGAGUUUGCUGAGAAUGCUGUUUAAACGUAACCCCGCUAACAGACUAGGGGCCGGGCCCGACGGAGUGGAGGAGAUCAAACGCCACGCUUUCUUUUCCACCAUCGACUGGAAUAAACUGUACAGGAGAGAGCUCCAGCCCCCCUUCAAGCCCGCAGCAGGUAAACCAGAUGACACGUUCUGCUUCGACCCCGAGUUCACCGCUAAAACGCCUAAAGACUCCCCAGGUAUCCCUCCCAGUGCGAACGCCCACCAGCUCUUCAAAGGCUUCAGUUUUGUUGCUCCAACCCCUAUGGAUGAAAACAAGAGCUCCCCGCUGCUCAGCAUACUCCCCAUAGUUCAGAUGCACGGAGGCUCGACCAAGUUCUCAGAUCUUUACGAGCUGCAGGAGGAUAUAGGGGUCGGCUCAUACUCUAUCUGUAAACGCUGUGUACACCGAGUCUCUGCCAUGGACUAUGCUGUGAAGAUUAUAGACAAAAGUAAGAGGGACCCCUCUGAGGAGAUCGAGAUCCUGAUGCGAUACGGACAGCAUCCCAACAUCAUCACUCUGAAAGAUGUGUAUGACGAGGGCAGGUAUGUAUACCUGGUGACAGAGCUGAUGAAGGGAGGGGAGCUGCUGGACAAGAUCCUCAGGCAGAAGUUUUUCUCUGAGAGAGAGGCCAGUGCUGUGCUCUACACCAUCACCAAGACUGUUGACUACCUCCACUGCCAAGGGGUGGUACACCGAGACCUGAAGCCCAGUAACAUCCUAUAUAUGGAUGACUCGGGCAAUCCUGACUCCAUCAGAAUCUGUGAUUUUGGAUUCGCCAAGCAGCUUCGAGGAGGCAACGGCCUGCUCCUCACCCCCUGUUACACCGCCAACUUUGUGGCACCAGAGGUACUAAUGCGGCAAGGGUAUGAUGCAGCCUGUGAUAUAUGGAGUCUUGGAGUUCUACUGUAUACCAUGCUGGCAGGGUACACGCCGUUUGCUAAUGGGCCAAACGACACACCAGAGGAGAUUCUACUCCGGAUAGGAUCUGGAAAGUUCUCUUUGACAGGUGGCAACUGGGAUACUGUAUCAGACACCUCAAAGGACCUGCUGUCCCAUAUGCUCCAUGUGGACCCUCACCAGCGAUACACAGCAGAACAGGUUCUAAAGCAUUCCUGGAUCACCUGCAGAGAUACGCUACCACACUUCCAGCUCACACGCCAUGAUGCACCUCACCUCGUCAAGGGAGCCAUGGCUGCCACCUAUUCAGCACUGAGCCAGAAGACAAGUCAGACGGUGUUGGAGCCCGUGGCAGCUUCCAGUUUAGCCCAGAGACGCAGCAUGAAGAAACUCACCUCAACAGACAUGUAGACACAGACACAGAGACACACACACAGACACAGACACAGACACACACA